GUUUGAACGUUGCACGGGGUGGUGUAUACCCAAGCUGGAACGGGAGUUCGGACCGACUCGGUGUGGAGAAGAAGAGUGCGCGCGGCAGGGUUCAUUGAAAAAUCCUUAGUGAUAUUGACAUGUUUCAAGUGACAUAAAUUAGCCAAUGACUCGGAAUGAUGGAUUCCCCGAAGAUUGGAAAUGGUUUGCCAGUGAUUGGACCAGGGGCUGAUAUAGGGAUAUCUUCACUCCACAUGGUGGGGUAUUUGGGAAAAAAUUAUGAUUCAGCUAAAGUCCCGUCAGAUGAGUAUUGCCCUGCUUGUAGACAGAAGGGAAAGUUAAAAGCCUUAAAGACUUACCGAAUUAGUUUUCAAGAAUCUGUCUUUUUGUGUGAGGAUCUGCAGUGCAUCUACCCUUUGGGUUAUAAAUCACUUAAUAACUUAAUUUCUCCUGAUUUGGAAGAUUGUCACAAUUCCAGUAAGUCUCAAAAAAGAAAGCUCUUGGAAACCAGCUGUAAAGAUUCACCUCCUUUAGCACAUGCCAAAAAGACUAAAAAUCACACUGUGACCGACGGUGAGCAAGGUCUGAAGAGCAAACUCGAUGGAGGAGUGCACGGGGAAACCUCGUGGGGCUCACCUGCUGUGCCCCCCGGGGCGACCCCGCACCCGGACCAGAGGGCUGGCUCCUUGCAGCAGGAUGAGCAUUUGGAGGCCGUCGGUCCUGGCUUGGCUGCUGAAGAGGCUCCUAAGACAGGUGACGUUCCUGGAACUGGAGGGGUUUCCCUUCACGACACAGGAUGCACAUCUGAACUGGAAAUGCCAUUGGAGAGCAAAUGUACCUCACUUCGCCCGUCUUCACAUGUCCAGUGGAGAAAUGCUGACGCUCUCUGCUGGCUAGACUGUAUUCUGUCAGCACUAGUGCACUUGGGAGGGUUACAAAACACCGUGAGUGGCCUGUGUUCUAAGGAGGAGUCUGUGUUCUGGCGGUUGUUUACCAAGUAUAAUCAAGCCAGUAAGCUUCUGCACACCAGUCAGUUGGAUGGAGUUAAAGAUGGAGAUUAUAAAAAACUUCCUUCAGAAAUAUUUGCAAAGAUAGAGACCUGCCUGAACGAAGUCAGAGAGGAAAUUUUCAUUAGGCUUCAGCCUCAGCUUAGAUGCACAUUAGGUGAUAUGGAAAGCCCGGUGUUUGCACUUCCCCUGCUCUUAAAAAUGGAACCCCUCAUUGAAGAGCUUUUCAUGUAUUCUUUCUCUUGGAAUUUUGAAUGCUCACAGUGUGGGCACAAGUAUCAAAACAGAUAUAUGAAGAAUCUGAUCACCUUUACAAAUGUCAUCCCUGAGUGGCACCCACUUAAUGCUGCCCAUUUUGGUCCAUGUAACAAUUGCAGCAAUAAGUCACAAAUAAGAAAAAUGGUACUGGAAAAAGUAUCACCCAUAUUCAUGUUGCACUUUGUGGAAGGCUUGCCGAGUAAUGACUUGCAACACUAUUCAUUUCAUUUUGAAGGCUGUCUUUAUCAAAUAACUUCUGUAAUUCAGUACCAAGCAAAUAAUCAUUUUAUAACAUGGAUUUUAGAUGCUGACGGAACUUGGCUGGAAUGCGAUGACCUGAAAGGCCUGUGUUCUGAAAGGCAUGAGAAAUUUGCAGUUCUGGCUUCAGAGAUCCACAUUGUUAUUUGGGAAAGAAAAACAACCAAGAUGACAGAUCAAGCUCCUGGCUGCCUCCCACUUAAAAAGACCAUCGGUGAGCGUGCUUUUGGUGGUGAGAAAGCAGCCUCUCCAGCGUGGUGUUCUGGGGGUGACGCCGCCUCUUCCGGGGUGUCCUCAGGAACUCUCCCCACCAGUGUGUCAUUCGCUCCUAACACUCUUUCACAGGGUCAAGCUGUAGCUCACGGACAUCAUUUACUUUCCAGUCCAGAAGGUUUGGUAGACAACAGUAUUUUAUCUUUGACACUUGAAGAAAUACAGGUUAAUGCUGAAAGUUUCCUAUUUGAAAAUAAACCUGUGGCAGAGAAUGCAGGAGUUGGCAAAACAAGGACUUUGCAGUCACAAGAGUCACCAGUGGCUUCUUUAGGAUCAGCUCCAUGUGUUGAAAACCGUACCCAGGACCAAUUCAUGGAGUUAAGGUUUCCGUCUCAGGCUAUAAAUGCAAGUCCUCCAUCUGCACCGCCGACUGCGGACGACGCUGGGGCUACUGCGCCUGUGACUGACCUCCCUGCUCCUGAUCCUACACGCGGUGUCAAGCCGGCAGACCUUGAGGGCACAGUGGCCCAAGAGAAGGACGCUCCACUGAAACCGCUUCCUUCACCGGAGACUGGGAAACUAAAGCCUGAACAACAGGUUACAUCUCAGGUAUCCAACUUGAAGAAAAACGGAACUGCAGCGUUUUCUAAAUCCGUAGCCGCUAAGUCACCACAGAAUCCAUCUGUGAAAGAAACUCUAAGGAAGCCAUUUGUAGGAAGUUGGGUCAAAGGCUUAUUAAGCAAGGGUGCUUCUUUUAUGCCACCUUGUGUGUCAGCUUGUAAUCGGAACACUGUAACUGAUUUGCAGCCUUCAGUUAAGGGGGCAAGUAAUUUUGGUGGCUUUAAAACAAAAGGUGUGAACCAGAAGGUGAACCGGGCAUCCGGGAAAGCUAAUAGGGGUGCAGGGAAGCCUCCUCCAGUUUGUGACCCUCCUCCGAGCCAGCCCUCCUCUGGUGGCACGACUUCUCAUGUGCGCACUAAUGUCACUGCCAAUUCAGAUUCUCUGAAGCAAUGUGAAAAGGCCCCCUAUGGAGCCCACCACAGUCACAGCUCCUGUGUGAAAGAAAACGGUGCUGCUUCAGCAAAUGAUGGAGACUCAGUUGAGGGUCAGAUUCAUAAACUUCGCCUAAAACUUCUUAAAAAACUUAAGGCAAAGAAGAAGAAAUUAGCUGCUCUUAUGUCUUCCCCCCAAAAUGGAGCACUUCCAAGUGAAAAGGUAGAGCAUGUGUCCCAAUGUGGGUCUCCAAACGACUGUGAAUCAAUAGAAGACUUGUUAAAAGAACUCCAGCAUCAAAUUGAUACUGGCGAUAAUAAAUCUGGAGGCACCAUGGUUCCAUAUGGUAGUCAAAGUCAUGAAGAAAUUUUAGCAGAACUGUUGUCUCCUACAGCUGCUGUCUCGACAGAGCACUCGGAAAAUGGGGAGGAUGACUUUAGGUAUUUAGAAAUGGGAGAUGACCACAUCGCAGCACCGGUGCCUGCUGAAUCAAACAGCAUUCCCCAAAAUACACCCCUGAGACAAGACCAUAAUUACUGCAGCCCCACCAAGAAAAGCCAGUGUGAAGUUCAGCCAGACUCACUGACAGAGAAUGCCUGCGUUAGGACAUUGAACUUGGAAAGUUCCAUGAAGACUGAUCUUUUUGAUGAGUUUUUUUCCACUUCAGGAUUAAAUUCUUUAGCAAAUGACACAUUAGACUUACCUAAUUUUGAUGAAUAUCUGUUUGAGAGUUGUUGAAUGCAUGCCAUGCUUUUUUAGUUUAAUAUUUAUUAUAACUCUUGGAAAACUUAAUAUGUUAUUAAGUAGUGUUUAUACACUGGCGCUGUCCUGAACAAAAUGUAAGCCACGGAAGGGUUUGCCUUCGGUUCUACCCACAAAGCAUGUAAUCUCUUUUACAAAUUAAAAUGAUCAGGAAUUGGUUUUCCUCA